AAUUUGGUCUCAAGCGGCCGUGUGGUUCGAGCGGUCGCCUCUGCGUGAGGGUCUCGGGGGGCACCUCUUCGGUGUGUGCGCGCAAUGGCUGCGGCAGCCUCCUCCAACGAGGAGAAGUCCCAGGCACCGAGCCUCACGAAGCUGAAGAAGGUGAUCAAGGAUGCGUUUGCCAACUUCGACAAGAUAGGGAACAACACGAUCCAGGCAGACGAGGUGGGAACCAUCAUGCGCUACCUGGGCCAGUUUGCCAGCGAGUCCGACCUGAAAGAGACCAUCAUCCCGGAGCUCACGGACGAGGGUGGGUCCGAGGGCCAGAUAUCGUUCGAGGCUUUCGAGAAGAUGAUGCUGAGAAAUUUGAGCGAGCACGUGUACGAUCCGGACGACGGGGAGAUGCUGCUGGCCGCCUUCAGGGUGCUCGACCCAGAGGGCCGCGGAUACAUCGACUCAAGCGUCAUGCACGAGCACCUCUCCACCCGUGGGGGCAAGGCUGUGGACGGCUUCAGGGAGCGAGAGAUGGCCGACUUCCUCGAGUACGCCAAGGACAAGGAGAGCGCCGACCCGAACCGCAUCUAUUACGAGGACUACGUGGCCAAGCUCACGGAGGACAUCGAGAGGCACCUGGAGAACCUCUACCUGGAUGCCCGGGGGAACAAGACGGCGGCGGGCGCCCUCCGCUGAGGCACGCAGGCCAGCCCUUCGCCGCCGACGCGCGCGACGCGUGCACACGAGGGGGCCAGACCCAGCUGGGGCAGGAGGGACUCCCGUGCCAAGCGCGGGUGUUAAGAGGAGGAGGAGAAGGAGGAGCAGGGGGGCAGCGAUGGCCGUUGCCCACGGCCGUCGCCGCGUGCGGUGCGCGGCUGGGCCAGGCCUUGGGCCCGCGCCUGUGCGCCGCGCUGCCUCGCCCCGCCCGCGCGGGCCACAGGGCGGCGUGCGGCGAGCAGCAGCCUCGCUGACUUGGCUGCGGUCGGUGCUGUGACCGCCCCGCUCUGGGCGAAGGGAGUCCGCGUCCUCG